CAUGGAUGCGUCACAUCAUUUCGCGGCCGAUGUCGCCUCUGCGGUAUUUCAGAACCUGCAAGACCAGCACCAAUGGGCUGAGCUGCAAAUCCAUCGCCUCCCAGGCCUGUCGCGGCCAAUGAUCCGCGGCCUCCCGCCACGCCUCUUGUAUCUCCACCCCGACGACCAGAUAGCAGCGCUUGCAUAUGAAAAGGCAACAGGGACAAGGGCUCAGCACGACGCCGAGUUCGAAUGGGUGCUGGCCGUCCAUCUCGCCGAGAAGUGGACGCUGUCUAGCCUUGCCGCCGUCAUGGACGCCCUCCCGGAGGCUCCCAAGAGGGCGAAGCGCAUUGUCCUCGCUGCGCUGCAUAACGACUCUACCGUUGUUUACUACAUCGUGCAGGAGGGCAUGAUCAAGCCUCGACAGAACUAG